GAUGCACUGGUGCGGACUGAAGAGCAGCGCGUGAGAGACCUGCGGUAACUACUUAAACUGAGAGGCGAGCAGUCCACAUGGACAGACAGUGCAGCAGGACCUUUCCAGUCGCAUUUAGUGUAUUUGUGAAUGGAUUGAACGGGUGAGGAUUAUCUGCCUGAAUUUAUAAAAUGUUCAUACCUGUGCGAGUUUUAAUGAAGUUUGGAUGAAGAUGAGGAAGAGCGCAUUGAAGAUCUUCUUCAGGAGGGAAACGCACCGAGCUUCCUAAACACCUAUUGCACAAUUUAAUGUUUUAGCGGUAUUUAGUGGACAGAUACGCAACGGUGCAAAAUGCUAACUGCGCGUAAAAGUGCACGGGUACUUUUAACUGUGCUGCUGGCUGUCUGGAUACAACGCGCGAUCAGCUUCCCUGUGAGGCAUCACAAGAGAUCCAGACACGGCGACUCUAUAGAGAACCAAGUCCAGAACGAGUUGGCAGACCCUCGUCCCCACCAACACAGGUGGCUCCAGCAUCGUUCAACAGGUGUCCUACCACAGCCUGAGCCCGAGGAAGAAUCAAAACCCUUUGUCCUAGACCUCAAAAACUUUCCUGACCUGGCCAAUGCUGACACUGACUCCCAAAACCCAAACAUUCAGGUGACCAUCGAGGUGUUGGAUGACCCCCCCAUGGAAGUGGACAUGGACCUGGUUAAAGAAUGGAGCAACGACUGGCCCACAUCUUCUCCCUCCUCUACUGUAGAAUGGCUGGGCGGGAAGAAGCUUUUCUGGCCUUUAUUUUGGGGCUACACAGAUGUAGAUUCAGGCGAGGAUGGUACUGGCCAAGCAGUGGAGGAAGAGGAUGAUUAUGCACUGGAGUAUGACAGUGGGGAGCCCCUUCCUAGUGGUCUGGACAAGACAGAUGGCAUUUGGGAAAGCCCAUGGACUCAACUCCAUUAUGGAGAGAAAGAGGAAGAAUGGAGUGCAUGGGGUCCCUGUAGUGUCACUUGUGGAAAUGGCAACCAGACCCGCUCACGUUCAUGUGGAGAUUUCUGCAUCUCCACCGAAUCCCGAAGCUGUGACCUCGUGCCGUGCCCAGAUGAUUGGAACAGUGUGGCUCAUGUCUUUCCAUUUGAGAUGGAAAAUGGUACAGAACCCUUUGGCACUGAUGUUGACAGCUGUGAGAAGUGGUUGAAUUGUAAGAGUGAGUUUCUCCAGCGUUACCUGCUGCAGGUUUUGGCUGAAUUACCCAGCUGUCCGUGCACCUAUCCUUCAGAAGCCUCCACCAAUAUAGUCAGUCUGCUGGAUGCAGGACGUGACCAGACCUUCCAAUGGAGGGAUGCUAGCGGCCCAAAAGAACGGCUGGACAUCUACAAGCCCUCGGCACGCUCUUGCUUGCGUUCUGGCCUCUCAAGAGAUGGCACCACUCUGGCCGCACAGCAUUGUUGCUAUGAUGACAACAAGCUUCUAAUUACAAGGGGCAAGGGUGCAGGUACUCCCAACCUAAUAAGCACAGAGUUCUCUCCAGAGCUGCAUUUUAAGGUGGAUGUAAUGCCUUGGAUUCUGUGCAAAGGAGACUGGAGCAGGUUUCAUGCCAUCCGCCCACCCAAUAAUGGUCUGCAUUGCACAGAAAACCCCCAACAGGACAUUUUCAUGAAUGAAUUGGAGGAAGCCAGAGAAUAUUAAGCCACCAAAUGACUGUCCCUCCUCUGACACACCAUCCUGCUGUGGUGCUUAACCCAAUACAAAAAAAUACCAGCCAGACGCAUAACAUAAGUGUGCAGUAUAGAGCCAGUCUUAUGUUGUGGGAUGCAUUGUCGUAACUGUAUUCGCAAAGCAUGGCCUCUAGCUUUUCCUGUGGUUGGAAUAUUGUGGAAAAUGUAAGAAAUGUUUAAAAAUGGAUUAUAAUCGAUCUGUUGAUAAUCUCUCUUUUGAUAUGUGACUCUUGUAACUCUUGUAUUUGUGUAAAUGACCAAUACAGCAUUUUGUUGGUGUUGUUGUUGUUGCUGCUGCUGCAGUCACAUAGAGUGGGAUGCAAAGGUCUGACGCCACAAACUAAAAAAUUAUCAGUAUAAUAAAAUUGUAUUAAAAAAUGUACAUGAUUUUAAUGUCUUUUGCUUAUUAGACAGCAGAACUGGAUCUAACAAGAGUUCCAGAUUUGUUCAAAACCUAAUGAUCAUGUUAUCCAGCAUGAUUUGAGAAUAUUCCAAAGAGAUUCCUUAUGUGCUUCAGUCUGACCCCUUGUUGCUCAUAUGGUCAAUGUAAUUUGCUC